AUGAAAGAUAUCAACUUCACGGCGGCUCACCGCGUGCUGUGGGAGCUCGCCGUGCUGGACGCGGUCUGCACCGACGGCAACGACCGAUCGCACGGCCUCGAGUCCGAGGAACUGGCGAAGACGCUGACGUACGCCGUGCAGCUUCUCAUUCUACUGUCGCGCCUCUUCCUCUCGCCGGGGACGUCCACGACGUUCGAGCGGCCGCGCAGCGCGAUGCUGAGCGAGGCGGAGAAUAGAAAGCUGGACGAGGCUGCUGCUGCGGCGUCGCGUGCCGUCACAGCCGCACAGAGCGAGCUGCGCCGCUGCGUGGUGUACAUGGGCGUCCUCCUCAUGAGCUUUCUCGAAGGCUACGACAGCCGUGCGCGGGGGCAGCACCACACGGUGGUGGAGUCGCUGCUGUACUGCGUGGUUGAUGUGUGGCGCCGGCUGCCAGGCUUUCCAAUGCUGCCGCACGUGUACACGGCGGCGGUGGAUCUCAUGUCGCAGCUGACGGCGCACACGCUGGGCCACGUGCGACUGCACACGCUGCUCAAGGGCGCACGAACCCAUAGAAAAGCGGAGACGGCCGCGGGAGAGGCAGCGGGGGGAUAUGAGCAGGCGGAAGGCGGCGAAGGGAAGGACGAAAACGGCGGCGAGGACGGCGAGACCCUCGCAGGCCUCUUCCCCCAUCUCAGCGGCGCAGAGGAACGCGCCGUGCGAGGCAACCGCCACGACACCGCUACGGCGACCGGGCCCAACACUGCCUGGUCGCCCGUGCGCUUCCCACACAUGUCGAACCGUUUAGGCGGCGACGAGGGACGCGUGCGCGACAUCCCGAUUAGCGGCUCCGAGGAGGAGCCGAUGGCGGAGCAGACCGCGCAGGGCGGCUGGUUGAUCCAUCGCGGCUUACUUCACCUGAGUCAGCCGUACGGGGCGGCAUUUCAGCGCGGGCGAGGGGGCGACCUGCACGACGACGACCACGACGCAUACGCGGACAGCGACACCUACCGCUCCCAUCGCCGUGCGGCGGCGGCGGCGCGGGCGGAGCGGGCGGAGCGGGCGGAGCUCACGAACGCGGCCUCGCCCAGCGCGCACCUGUGGGAGCGGCUGCUGCCGUGGUUGUGUGACAUCGUGACGGGCAGCGUCUUUCCCUUGAAUUCCCUCAGCGAGGCGGGGCAGCGGCUGCUGCGGCGGCGCGCCUGCAAAGUGUUCUGGUCUCUCUGGACAACGACGCAGAUCACAGAGCAGCAGUACGUGCUUGCCUACAUGCUCGACCGUGUGCUGGCGGAUGUCCGCCGCAAUGUGGUGCUGCUCGAGUACAUGGGCGUCCUGCUGUCGCAGCUGCGGGGCGUGGUCGUGGUGGAGGCCCUCGUCCUCACCCCGCUGCUGCAGGUGGUGGUCUCGGUCGUGAAGAAGGCGGUUGCGACGGUGACGGCGGAGCAGGCGGAGUGGGAGCAACAGGCUGCAGUGGAGAAGCGGCAGGCCACCACGGCAGCGCAGCAGCAGGUCCUGCGUGCAUCUCGCCGCCGUCGUCGCCGUGCCUUUGCGGAGGCGCAGGCCGCGCUGCACGGCCAGCUCGUGAGCUUCUUGACGCUGUUCCAGGACGCCCGCAGCGAUGCCCCGCUGGUGCGGGACCGCUUUAAGCGGAGCUCGUCUUCCCCGCCCAACUCCCAGGCAAUGGGGACGCAGUGCAGCUACUUCGACGCGACACGCAGCACUUUCUGCUGGCACGGGCAUCAGUGUCAUCGGCUCCAUGUGGUGCCGGUGUCGGGGCUGCGCGGGAGGGACAACGAGGAUGGCUGGUACCCGCUGUACGAGUUCGGCACCGGGGCGCAGCGGGUGGUGGAUGCGCUGCUCACGGUGCUGGAGAACCGAGGCUUCCACAGCGCACCGCUUCUCGGGGAUGGCAAGGGCGGUGCAGCGGCGAAGCCGACGGCGUCAGCAACAGCAGCGACGACACGGCGACGUACGUCCUCGCGGCCGAGUGAAGAGGCGACGCACACGCAGGGACGGGAGCGAGCUCUCACGGGUGCACGUCGGCGGGCCUCGUCUGACGGGUCGCGACCACGACGACCACCACCGCACCUCCAUCUCCCCCCUGAACAAGCCGCCCCACUGGCACCGCCGGACACCGCCUCGACCACCACCACAACCGCCGCCGCUACCUUCACCCUUCCAGGGAAUGCAGGAGAGGAAGAAGGCAGCAGUAGCCCGUCCGCAACGACGCUGGUGCGACACGAGCGGCUAACACCACAGGGCUUCGUCUCGAUGAUGGUCGGCGCGGCUCGCCAGGCCGCCGACAGCGCAACGAACCUCGCCGGCGCGGCUGUGCGAAACAGACGCGCGUCUCCGCGCACGAACAGCCGUGACGGCCGCACCGGCGGGCGGCGGCGGCGCUCAAGCUCGCGGCGCCGCACCGGAGACCGUGGCACGGAAACACAGCCGGCCGCAGCAGCAGAGGGUGACGACAGCGCGCAGGGCCUGCCUGACAAUCGGCAGCUGUUCCAGCACUUCCACAAUCAACGUCGGCAGCUGGAAGACCUGCAGCGCGAUCUCCACAACAUGCAGCGGCAUGUCGAGGUGUUGCAACGUAAUUAUCGCGAAGCACCCGGCGACGGCGCCACGGCGGAGCAGCAGCAGCAGCAGUUGCCGUCCGCCAAUGACUGGGGCGGCUUGCCGCGCGAGGAUUCUUUUGCAGAGCCGGUGGCUGUGCCCAGUUCAGGGAAGCUGCCCGCGUUGCGACACCAGCUGAAGAACCCGUUCGAUGCGCAGCGUCACGCCGUCGACCCCCUCCGUCGCGCUAUCAUUCCGUACUUCGCCUUCUUCUCCCGUCAGCUCGCGGAAGAAAUGGUGCGGCUUUGCCUGGAUUUUAUGGCGGCGCAGCUCCGCGCUCGGGUAGUGGAGAAGACCGAGGCGGUGGAGGAGGAGGCGGAGGCAGCGGCGGCACGCGCGCAAGAGGAAGAGCAGCAGCAGCAGCAGCGUUCGCAACGGGAGCAGAGCACAGGCCCGUCAUCGCCGUUGAACAACGCCGUCAUGGUGGAGGUGAUGCGCGAAGGGGGCGUGGCGCCCUCCGGCGCCUCCUCCGCGGUGGCCUCGCCUGUCACACCCUUCCCUCCGCUCUCCGCGGCCUCCACGGCGCUUGCGGCCACUUCCGCAUCCUUGACGUCAGCCAUUGUCAUUGCCGCUGCCGCUGCUGCUGCUGUUGGUGGUGUAGGUGUAGGUGCGCCGACGUCCGGCACGACCGCCAACACGACAGCGCUUGCUGCAGCAGCGCGGGCCGCGGCGCAGAUGCGGUUUUCCCCUGUCGAGGUAGCGGAGUGCCGCGUGAGUGAGGUGGUGGUGCACUUCUUGCUCCCCUGCUUCUUUACGUACUACCGCGAGUGCCUGCGCAUCGUCCAGACCUACCAUCCCGUUGACCGGGUGGGGACGGCGGCGGCGAUUGGGGGAGGCAAAGCUGACAAGGAAGAAGAUGUGAUUGAAGUACAGGACGCGUUGGACUCGGAUGCGUCUCGCCCCAGCGCGCUGUCGGUGAUGUGUGAGUACAUCACCUCCAUCGACCUGCCCAACCGCGAGAAGAGCAUCGUUCUGUGCGAGCUGCUGCUGACCGACAUGGACCAGGUGGAGGACAACAUCUGGCGAGACAUGACCCGUGUGUUGGCCUCCGCGGUGCGGGUGCAGCACAAGGCGCAGAAGCUGACGGACAAGUCCGCCGCAGCUCUGGCGGCGUUUCAUGAGCGGCGACGGCACGCCGUUGCGGCGUCAGAGGCCAAGCCGGCCUCCACUACCACGAUGCCCGCCACCGCAGCAUCAGCUGCGUCGGCAGAGCCCCACAAAAUGACGCCCACCCGCGACGCCAACCCACCGCAUCGUUGGGCGUGUCAGUCACCGUCGACAACCGCCACAGCUGCGGCGCGACCUAAAUCACCCGCAAAAAUGUCCGGUGCACCCGCUGAUGCUGCGCAUGGGCCCACUACAGAUCGAGAGGACCUCCCCGAAAAAAACACGCCGGCCACCUUGAAGGCGGAAGAGGGGGAGGACGAGGAGACACCCAGCCUGCACCAGUACGUGGUGCCCGUCGGCAUCUUCCUGGCGAACCUGGAGCGCUACAUUAUUCGCCAGCCCACCGCCUUCUGCCACGCCGUGCAAAAGUAUUGCGAGGUGCGUUGGGUGCAGGCCCGCAAAGGCGAAGUCCCGGCGGCGUGGCUGGGGGUGUGGGUGCAGCCGCGAUCAUCGCCGUCGAUGACCGAAAGGGUGAACGUAGCUGCGUCAGAGUCGCACACGAGCCGCAGCACGCGCGCGGGUGGACGACGUGCCCGCGCCGCCGCCGCCGCCGCUGCUGCCGGUCCACAGACGGCGGCUGUUGUAGCAGCUCUGUCCACAGAGCCCUCGCGCGAGUUCGUAGAUCGCGUUUCCUGUUUUAUGCAGCACCUUGUGCGGAACGUGGAUGCCGGACUUGGCCGGGCAUCCCACGGCGUGGAAGUACUCGCGGCUGUGGAGCAGCUGCCGGGCGUCUGCGCUGCCGUGCUCUCCUUGUCCCUUCCUAUUCCCGUGCCCGUCAUCUACGCCAGUAUUCUCACGACGCAACCGCAGAACCUCGCCGCGUCGCGCAGCACCAGCGCCGCCCACGCGGAGCGCCACCACCGCAGCGAGGAAGGUGAAUCCGAUCUCAUCCGAGUCCCUCCCUUCCUCGCCUUCGUGCUGCACCUCUGUGGGACGCUCAGUGAGGCAGACCGCAGCAACCCGUUCGACUUUGCAGCUGGGAUCGACUUUGCCGCCGGCUUGUUGGCCUUCGACCCGGUUCUGGUGGCCGAUGCGGUGCUGAGCACGCUGCAAAAACUCGUCUCCGCCCUCGAGCUUCUUCGUGAGACCGCCAAAGGCAAAAGACGCGGCGUGAUGGAGGUGGCGGAGGCGGAGGCGGAGGGGGGGAAUGAUGAGGAGGCAGAGCAGCGAAGGGCGGAAUCCACCGCUGCCCACGUCGCUGACGCCGCGACUCGCACUUGUGCGGUGGCGCUGCAGGCAAAGCGAAUGGCGCGUCAGCGCAGCCUCAUACGCUGCCUGCACGACCUGCUCUGCUUUCUGGAGUGCGGCAGCCCCCGCCCAGCUGCGGCGGCCGUGCCGGCCCGUCAGCGCGCCGUCCAGAACGCCGUCAGCGGCAGCGUCGUUCAAGAGGCGUUCCUGCGCUUCCACAAGCACCUCGCCAACCGCGGACUUCUCUCGUUGCUCUUCCGCGUCUGCCGCCUGCAGACGUGCGAGCACGGCCGCGACGCCACCUCACUGCUGCAGCUGCUGCGUCUCCAGCUGCUGACCUUUGGCGCCUACAAGAUGGCGACGAUGCUGUCGCCCGGUCAGAAGGUGUACGCGUCGCAGCAGCAGCAGGAGACGCAAGAGCGCCGGCGGCAGACCGGUAUGACAAGUACUGGCGCCUCGCUUUGGCCACCGCUGCUCGCGACGCGAGGAGCGCGCUUCGCGGCUGCGUCACUGACGGGUGACCACGAGGCGAACUCCUUUCUGCGCUACAUUGCGAACGAGAUCGACUUGCCAACGAACGCGGUGCCUAACGGCACGCCGGACCCGACGCGGCCCUCCUUCGUGACUUCCUUGAGUCCGCUGCAGACCCUCUUCAACCAAGUCGAGGCACGACUGGAGGAGACGGACCGAGUAGCGGUGGAGGAAGACGACGCGGUGGAGGCGGAGGAGGACACCGCCUCCCACAGCUCCGCCGCGAGCUUCCCGGACUACGCGCAGUUUCAGAGCUACCCCGACUUCCCUGGGGCGGCGGUGGUGGCGGAUGCGACAGCGGAGGAGGGUGUCGGAAUGGAGGCGGCCGCGGCGGAGGAGGGCGAGAUGUGGGAGCCGAUGCGGGCGGUGGAGUCCUACGCCAACCACCGCCACCGCCCCCAUCCACACGACGUCCGUCGCCGUAAUCCGGCAUUCACAGAAUGGUGGGCCGAAGGCGAGGGGGCGGAGGAAGAAACGGAGGGGGGAGAGGAUGAACGUGUCGAGAGCGCGGAGGCCGCACUGCACGAGGACGAAGGCCGGCAGCGUCGUCGGCAUCGCAGCGCACACGAGGAAACGCCUGUGCAGCGGGGCGCCGGGGCUGCGGUGCGGCUCACUACCUCUGCUACUGCUGGCGACGGCGCCCCGAUGGAAGCCGAGGGCAACAGGCAUCUUCACCGCGGCAGCAGCAGCAGCGCCGGUGACGAGGAAGAGGAGGAGGGAGAAGCGGCAGAAGACGAUGAGGACGACAACGAAGAGGAGCACACGGAGACGGCCCACCACGCGGAGGAGGAAUACGAGGAGCAGGAGGAGGACAACGAAGAAAACUCCUUUGGGUGGCAGCCCUCCAUGUGGCAGCUGCUGGUGCGCCGCGUCCGCAACGAUAACACUGACCAAGAGGGACCGGAAGGCGAAGAAGACGAAGAGGACGAAGAAGGCGAGGAGGAGGAGGAAGGGGAGGAAGAGGAGGAAGAGGAGGAGGAAGAGGAGGAAGAGUCCGAGCACGGCGGCUUCGGCAGCUCCGACGGUGAGGUCGAGGAGUCCUUCCUCGGCGACAGCACGCUGGAAGAACGCUAUCUGACGCCGCAGGUGUGGGCUCCCAUGCUUGGACAGCGUCACGGCGGCCGCGGUGGCGGCGGCGGCGGUGGCGGCGGUGGUGGCUCGGGCGGCAUCGGCGGUGUGCGUGCCGCGACGAUCGACGAGCGGGCGCCCACCUUUGCGGCCUGCGCCUACCACGCCAUGCUCGUCGCGGUGCGUCAGCUGCACAACGGCAACGUGGUAGAGACGGAGCGACCCGCACUGCCAGUCCUGCACGCCACAGAGGAAGAGGAGGCUGUAGAGGAGCCGCGUCAGCACCCGCCAGGCGCAGCAGCGGCAGAAACGACGCCGAGCGCCACGACCACGACCGCCACCGCAGCGGCGGCGACGGCGGACGGCUUUCGCGAUGAGCCGCUCGUGCGACGGCUCAGGGACACGAUCUCACACUUCUACCCUGGUCUCCAGAAUCCGCAUCCCAGCGAGAUGAGGGCGCCAAUGGCAGAGCAAGCGGCAACCGACACGACGGGUCCUGCAGGAAUUGGCGGCGAGCCGGCAGACCGCGCUGUGGCCACGACGGAGGCCCCGGCAGCUGUUGCGGCGGCCGUCAACGAGCCGAGUACGACACCCACCGCUACGGUGGCUACGGCAUCUCACAACAGCAACGAUGCCGGCAUCGAUGAUGUCACGGCCCGCAUCUUGGCGCUGUUCGCAUCCGGCAGCACCGCUGCCACGGGCGAAUCAUCCGAGGCGACUCCGAGUGCCGUUGUGCCUGCGCCGACCGCGACGCUGCCGGAGCUGACGGAGCCGGAGCCGUGGGAGGGAGUGCUGGACGUGCAGUUCUUAAACGAAAUGCCGGAGGAUGUUCGCAGCGAGAUUCUCUUUGACAGCAUGCAGACGCUGCGCGGCGCCGAAGAGCGCGAGGUGCUCGGGCAGCGCACACGGCUCUACCCAGGCUUCCUGCGCGCGAUGCCGGCGGCGGCCCAGCGGCACGCGAUGGAGGUCGAGGCACGGUGGGUGCGCGUCACCCGCGCCGACGACAGCGCAAACGAGCUGUACCAGACCAUCCUCUCGGUCGAUGCGGAGACCCGCCGUGACCUGCUCCUGCAGUGUGAUCUGGGACUGCUGCAGCCGUACCCGGAGCUGCUGCGGGAGGCGGCGGAGCUGCGAGCAGAGGUGGAGCAGCAACGCGCAGAGGCCGAGGCGGCGCAGCGGGCGCAAGAGGAGCGGCGGCAGCGACAGCGCGAAUUGACGAGUCAGCAGACCCGCAAUCAGCGCAACUCGCGUCAGUGGGUCACGGACCGCGAUGGACUCCUGCGCUACGGUGAGGACGGUGCGGCGAACUUGCCACGGGUGAAUGUGCCAGGCAUGCGGGAGAUGGAAACGGUGGACGGCGUAAUGAACGCGCUGUACCGCGGAACGGGUCUCAUGUACUCCAUCAUCAACCACGAACUUUUUAUUGCUCGCCGGCUGCACCGCUGCGACGGACUCCUGCAGGGUCUCAACGCGCCUCUGGUGGCGCAGGGCAGCGGGCUGACGAUGCGGGCAGGCGGGGUGGACAGUGCCGCUGCGGCUGCUGCGGCUGCUGCGACGGCGCCGAUGUCGGCGUGGGUGAUGUCACCGUUUACGGAGGAGGCGUCGUAUGACCAAGGCCGGCUGCUGCGGCACGGUGGAAGUCGCGGCGGCAACGCUCUUCGACGGACUUCACCCCCUGCGCUGACCUCCGUGCCGUUGCCUCCUGAAGUUUAUCUCCCCGGCAACCGCGACAACACCCACCACAGCCGCAGCACGCCGCCGUCCUCAUCGUCACCUCUGAUGUCGCAGGAUCCAUCAGGGACGGCUUCGCCGCCGUCUCUGCUUGGUCUUGAUACGGCACCUUCUGCUAGCGUGGCUGGUGAAGGCACCCCCAAUGCACUGCUCCAAUCCCCACCUUUCCCACCAGCCGCAGCCGCAUCUGCAUCAGCGGCAGCAACAGCGGAGCCAUCAGAGAAGAUACCGUCCGGCGUCCCAACAGCUCUGGCCGCCUUGAGCGAGUCAAGCGUGCCGGUGCAGGAGUCCCCCUAUCACCCCCUCUCCCUCCCCCUACCAGAAGUGCCCGAUGACGUUCUCGCGAGGUGUCUGGAGCUGCUCCGGCUGCGCGCCACGGCGGCGCUGUCGUUGCCGUACAACGCCACCGCGGGCAUCAGCUGUCUCGACCAGCAGCUACAGCACCUUCUGCAGCUGCUCAUGGGCAACCCAACCGCCGCGGCGCGACUGGUCAGUCAGAUACUCGAUGCCAUGGCGAACACGCCGACAGCGACGGAGGAGGCGUCCGAGACGGCCUCUGCACCUGCGGUGGCCAUGCGCUCCCCCCUCACCGCCUCCGAGCUUGCAGGGAAUCAAAUGUUCGUCAAGGGUGCCGCGGCGUUUCUUGUGUCUCUCAUGAAGCAGAACCAGGCGAUGGUGGCGAGCUUCUUCCUCCUGCCCGACGGCGCGCUGAACUCCGCAACGCUGAAGGCGGUGGAGGCGCCGAUGGACGCGACGGAGCGGCGCUGCGCCGAGUACGGGCUGUGGGAUCGGCUGUGGAAGGUGUGUCGACAGCACGUGCACGUGCAGGGGUUUUUCUACUCGCUGGAUCAGCUACUGCGGCAGCUGGUGCGGAGCCAAAAAAUGCUCUACAACGCAGAGGAAGAUCGCGAGCUGGGCAGCAGCGACGACCCACUAGCCGACGAGCCGCUCACGGAAUCCCUCAUCAUACACCCGCGGCACCCGCACCGACUGCGCUGGACGAACAUACGCCGGCUCUCGAGCUACGAAGAGGGCGGCUACGUUUGCAACGUGUGCGGCGUCAACCCUGGUUACGACUACUGCUUUCACUGCACUUCGUGCCAGUUCGACCUGUGCCCCAGCUGCUCACGGGAGCGAAUUACGCUGGAGGAGAUGCGUACGCGCAUCCGCCGCUCGUCGGCACUGAUUCUAAUGGCUGUGCCAGAGACGGUGACUUCCAUGAUCGCCUUCCUGCGGCACCCACUGUGCAUGCCGAAUAUCGCUGCGAAUGUGGUGCAGCUCAUGUCUCGCGGACUGCAAGAGUGCGCCGCGCGUGAGAACAGCUCGCCGCUGUCGAUCCAUACGAGCAGCGACUUUGGCGGCAGCGUGAGUGCUGCUGCUGCUGCUGCUGCCGCCUCCGCCUCUUCGUCUGCCAAUGCAAGCGCGACGACGACGACGACGACGAUCACCACCACCGUCACGUCGGUUCCGUCUCUCUCCUACGCGUCGUGGCAAAGCCGAAGCACCGCACACGCCUCAACGUCUCCCACCAACCCGCUGCGUGUUCUUGAGCAGGAGCUGGUGCAGAUGGCCGAUGCCCGCGUCCGGGCCAUGAAGGAGGCGCGAGACGCGUUUCGACAGGAGGUGUACAGGAUACUGCACAGCAAGUCGGACCCGGCGAAGGCGUCUGCCGGCGAUGGCGCUGGUGGCGCGGGCAGUCCAGGACUGAUGGCGCAACACGCCAUUCGCUAUCAGCUGAGCAUACCUGAAGGGUACAUCUUCGACACCGACACCGCCAUGGCUCUUGUGGUGAAGCUGGACAUCAAGGACAGAGAGGGCGAUGCCAUUCAGCGCCUCUUCGAAACCUUCGCAUCAGCCUCCUGCGCCGAACCGCGCGCCUUCACGAUGCUGUGGCGUGCGAGCCAAACCUACCUGCGCGACGUCUCGACGUUGCUGGAGCACUUGACGCCGCAGGAGGUUCUCCCCCUGCCCUCGUGCGUCUCGUCGGUGUUGCAGACCUUCUGUCGCUAUCACCUCAGCGAUCUGCACCAACGCGGCGCCUCCGGAAGCGCACGGACGCUGACGGGCAGCCGCAGCAACCUGGCCGGCGAGACGGAGCACUUCCUGCGGGCGUCGACGAAGCCGUCCUCGGUGUCGGACCGUGCGGUGAAGGAGCUGUCGGAGCAAGAGGACGCCGCGCAGUCGAUGACCGCCGUCGGCACCCGCCUCUCCGACGAAGGCCUGAACACCGCCGAGGAGCACCAGCGUCGCCUGCCACACGUGGUGCGCAUGGUGCUCGAAGAAAACCGCGUCACGCUGAACAUGCUGCUGCACUGGAACCGCAACCUGCUCAAGGAGAACUUCACGUUUCUCAAGUAUGAGCCGAACCUGAUCGACUUCAACUUCAAGCUGAGCGACUUCCGUCGACGACUGGGGCUGCGCCGUGGGUCGAACAUACUGCUGCGGGUGAAGCGAGAGAGCUGCCUGCUGGACAGCUUCAAGGAGCUGCAGAAGCAGAGAUCGUUGGGCGGGCAGCUUCACGUUCACUUCGAGGGGGAGGAGGGCGCUGACGCCGGCGGCUUGACGCGGGAGUGGCUGCAGAUUCUCUCCGAGGCCCUCGUGGACGAGCGCUACGCGCUGUUUGUCCACUCACAAGACAGCGCCUCCUUCCAGCCGAACCCCUUCUCCAGCGUCAAUCCGAACCACCUCGAGUACUUUCAGUUUGCCGGCGUCGUGGUGGCCCUGUCGAUCACGCACAACGUGCCGAUCGACAUCCACUUUACGCGGGCCUUUUACCGCCACAUCAUCGGCCACCGCCCUGUUUUUGCUGAUUUGCAGAGCUUCGACCAGGAGCUGUACACGAACCUAAACUGGAUCAUGGAGAACGACGUCACGAACCUGGCACUGACCUUCGCGGUGAACUACAACCGCUUCGGCUCCGUCGAGGAGGAGGAGUUGGAGCCGAACGGCAAAAACACGAUGGUGACGAACGCCAACAAGCAGCAGUACGUGCGGCUUCUGUGCGAGUUCCAUAUGACGCGGCGGACGGAGGAGCAGCUGCUCCGUUUCCUGAAGGGCUUCUACUCCGUCAUCCCGCGCCGUGAGAUUCAGUGCUUCACGGAGAAUGAGCUGGAGCUGGUGAUCAGCGGCAUGCCCGACAUCGACGUCGAGGACCUGCGCACGCACACGGUGUACGAGGGCUACAGUAGCACGUCCCCGCAGAUCCGCUGGUUCUGGGAGGCCGUCAACGCCAUGACGAAGGAGGACUUGGCGAACCUGCUGCAGUUCACGACCGGCUCGUCGAAGGUGCCACACGGCGGGUUUAGUCACCUCGAGGGCACCAACGGGCGGUCGCUGCCUUUCACUAUUAGUCGCUGGGCAGUUAGCAAGGAGGACCUGCUGCCGCAGGCACACACCUGCUUCAACAAGAUCGACUUGCCUGUCUACGCGUCUGCCGCGGUGCUGAAGGAGAAGUUGAUGCUGGCCAUCACCUACGGCAGCAUGGGCUUUACGAUGGUGUAG